CUAAGCGACAGCAGUAAUUGUGACGCGUUACAUACUGGCUACUAUAAGCUCGAACGCGACUCAUCGUAAUCGAAAUACACAGACAGCCGUAUUGGCCGAGGUAUCAGCUCGACAAUGGCACCCCCGACGAUCCUCGCCCAUAAAUCCGCCUUCCUCACCGCGCAGACCCUCCAGCUCUCACAGAACCCCUCGCCGUCCCGCGCCUGGCGCGACGCCAACGACGCCGCCGGGCAGCAGCAGGGCCUCCCGCAGCGCGUGGUCGACGAGGCCUUGAACCGGCUCAACAACAGGCUGCAGCAGCACGUGAGGAGGGUGUACCCACCCCCGGCGACCCGCCAGGUCGCAGAGCAGAUCGACGCGCUGUUCCUCAACGCAGGCGGCGACCGUGAGGCAGGGGCCCGGGAUGACAGGGACGGCUUGGGAGGGCUAUGGGAGGGUGUGGACCUAACCACCGACGAAGCGAUAUCCUCGCUGCCCCAAACCUGGGAGGCCCAGCGGCCCGGAGAAGCGGAGGCGCAGCCGACGGAGGCAAGGACAUACGACGAGCUGCAGGCCUCCCUAGCGGCCCUGUGCGCGCGGCGAGCCGAGACCAGAGCCCGAGUCGAGCGGCUACGACGGAUGCGAACGCUGCUGCGGCCGUUCGAGGAGGAGGACGUGCAGGAGAACCUGGUGACACGGAACGGCGAGGUCGAGAAGGAACUGGAGCGCAUGCGGUUCCUGCUCGUGAGGGUUGCCGGGAGGGUGGGACAGCUUCCCGAUGCCGGCGAUGUCGGCGAGGACGAGGUCCUGGGCGACUUGGACGAGCUGGAACAUGGCAAGGUGCAAAGCUUAUUGGAUGGCUUCUGAGACGAUGGGCUCCUUCCGAUCAACUGGCGUUUGGGUUAUCGGUUUAGCUUUUCCUAGUGAUACCCUUUUGAUUUAUAUCAUAUGUUUCUCGGUUUGUCAAGGAAUCUAAAAGUUGUCUGCAACGACCAGAAACAUAGAUUGUUCAGGUCUUUUGCGUUCUACUAGGCGAGACAUGAGAUGACAAUAUACUCGUUGCGAACAAGUGUGUGUCAAGCCUCGAGCGGCAUGUUGACAGUUCCAUAAGCACUGGACGGACGUCGAGGCUCCGCUGAUGGAACAGGUCAAUACAAGAUGAUGUUGACCACGCAGUAACACAGGAUGGACAGCACGGCGUUAAAAUAAAUAAAAAGAUUAAUAGAUAUCGAAAUAU